CGCUUGUCGGUUUUUCGUGAGAAAGCAGAGUAUAUAGAGUUUGAGGGAAUUGUGAGGGAUCAAUAGGUUCUCCUUGGUAAACCAAGCUGAGUUGGCAUUCCCUGAACUGUGUAGGACAGUAGGAGCGACCAGUGUGUAGGUCACAUGCAAGCAGCCAUGUCUUCUGUGUUCCAAAUCUCGCGCGAGGAGCUCCCGAGCCCUUCCCCGCAGAAGAGGCCCACGGGCGACGGGGACUCGGGGUACCACGAGCCGAUAGACGACGCCGCUGCCUUCGAGCAGCUCCCGCCUUUAUCCCUCGCAUCCUCUUCGCCGCUUUCGGCUGCCGCAACCCCUGCACAACUUCUGCAGCAUCAACACCACGUGGCAGCAGGUAGCGGGAUCUAUCCGUACAGGACCCGCUCCAACGAAGUCGUCUCGUCGUCGAACGACUCUGCGUACGAUACGACAACGCCCGAGUAUUCCCCUCUCUCGCCGACUCCGCGUCUUCUAACGGACGGCGGGAACGAAAGCGUCAGCUCGAACGGCAGCUGCACUACGCAGCCCGACUCCGGUGCGGUAGUGCCGGCCGACGGGAGCCGCAGCGACAGUCCCUACGAACAUGUGGAGGAAGCUGUGGUGUCUUUCCUGUCUCCCUCGCCCGCUGGCUCUGAGGAAGACGUUUCUGGGAAAGAGUCUGACGAUGCAUUUGAAGAGGCUGGGAACAGUAGCCCCGAGGAAGACGACUGGCGAGCAGUGGAACCCAGACUUUUAUACCCUGCAGUUGCAAGCGCCUCAUCCACAGGCUGCACUCUGCCCCACAGAGGUGUGUUUCUGGUGCACUUCAGUGCCAGUUUAUUUUCGCUCUUGUUUUUCAUUCAAUUCUGUUAUCUUUCCGUUCAGAUCGAAAGCAAGCCAACUCACUAUGGACGAGAGUACCAUGGUAACCUGUCUCGGGAGGAUGCAGCGGAUUUGCUGGGCACGGCCGACGGUUGCUAUCUUGUGAGAAAAGGCUCGGAAGGAGACUGCAUUCUGUCAUUCAUGUAAGUCCGUUACAUCGCUCUCAUGUGGAUCACAUGUAGAUU